ACUCCUGCUCCACAGGGGAGGGGUCAGACGCUUCACGGUGGGACGACGAGCGAAGAGAGGAGUGAACAAGGGGAGCGAGAUAGAUUGUGUGUAUGGAGCAGUGUGAGAAUGCCGCAUCUCUCCUGGCCUCCGUGCGAGAGCAGGAGAUGCAGUUCGAGCGUCUGACUCGAGCUCUGGAGGAGGAGAGGAGGAGCGUGGGGCCCUCCGGUACCCUACCCCGCCCCCUCCCCACUCUGCAGAACGGCCGUGUCACUGGUGAUGCAGAGUUAGAACGGCUCAAAUUAAGCGAGGGAUACAUAAACGGGACUCAGUACAGGAUGUUGGACCCUGGUCAUUUUGUUGAGUCGGUCACAGUGGAGGAGGACCCCCAUGAGUCGAUGCCAAUUAUUUCAGUUGAAACCAUUGAUGAUGGCACCACACGUCGCACUGAGACCACAGUAAAGAAAGUCACAAAGACGACUACCACACGAACAGUCAUUCCCUCAGUCUCCGACACACUUUCCCUUGAUGGCACUGGUUCAGUCACUGGGAUACCCGGUUGUAAUACCCCAAUGGACCGCGUGUACAGGCCACCGGGUGGCCCCAUGGACUACCCCACCGCUACUGUCCCCCGUAACUACCACUAUGGACCACCAGGCUAUGAUGAUUUCCGCAGCUACCCUCCUUCUGAAGCCUACGCCAGUCUCAACCGAGGGACACGAAUGGAUGACCGCUACAGGCCUGUGGAUGGCUAUCGCACGCUGGACUCCGCCUAUUGCACCCACAGCCGGCCGCAGUUGGACCCGUACGCAGCCCAGCCCCAGAUAGGACGUAUGGGCAGUGCUAUGGAGAUCUCUGGCAUGCAGCGAUUUGUACCAGAGCCAUACGGCCUGGAGGAUGAUCAGAGAAGCCUGGGAUACGACGAUCCCGAUUAUGGCAUGGUACCAGCCAUGCAUUACAGCACAAUGCCCCGGUUGGCACAUGCACACCUUGCCCCACCUCCACGCCGGACAGGGUCAUAUGAGGGCACACUGGAUGGUGAUAUGAGUGGAGCUGGCGAUAUGUAUUAUUGGGGAGGAGGAGCUCCGCUGGCUCAGGGAGAGAGAGGCAGCAUGGCAUCAUUGGACAGCACUCUUCGUAAAGGCCCCGCCCCCACAGCAUGGAGGCAGCCGGAGCUUCCUGAAGUCAUCGCUAUGCUCAACUACCGUCUGGACCCUGUCAAAAGCAACGCUGCAGCAUACUUGCAACAUCUCACUUUUAAGAACGAUAAGGUGAAGUCAGAAGUAAGACGACUGAAGGGGAUCCCUGCCCUCGUGUCCAUGCUGGAUAACCCAAAGAAGGAGGUGCAUUACGCAGCAUGCGGAGCACUCAAGAACAUCUCAUACGGACGAGAUCCAGAUAACAAGAUAGCCAUCAAGAACUGUGACGGAAUUCCCGCGCUGGUGCGGCUACUGAGGAAGACGAGAGAUCAGGACCUUACUGACACCAUAACUGGCACGCUGUGGAACCUGUCGUCUCACGACUCUGUAAAGAUGGAGAUAGUGGACCACGCACUGCAUGCCCUGUCCGACGAGGUGAUGGUUCCUCACUCGGGCUGGGAGAGGGGGAACGAAGGGGGAGAGGAGAGCUGCAAACCCAGACACUUGGAGUGGGAGGCGGCACUCACCAACACCACCGGCUGCUUAAGGAAUGUGAGCUCGGAGCGGAGCGAGGCCAGGAGGAAGCUGAGGGAGUGCUCUGGACUGGUCGACUCGCUCAUGUACAUCGUCCAGUCACAGAUCAACUGUAAAGAUGUGGACAACAAGCUGAUUGAGAACAGCGUGUGUCUGCUGAGGAAUCUGUCCUAUCAGGUGCAUCGGGAGAUACCAGGCUGCCAGCGCUAUCAGGAGACGACUCCUGUCAAUCAAGGCCCCGCCCCUUCCCAAAAGGGCGGCUGCUUCAGCUCCCGAAAGGGCAAAGAAGAGUGGUUUUCCAAAGGAAAAAAAGAGGAUGAUGGAACUUCAGAUACCAUUGACAUUCCAAAGAGAAGCACACCAGCCAAAGGUUAUGAGUUGCUGUUCCAGCCAGAGGUGGUGCGUGUCUACACUUCUCUCCUGAAAGAGAGCAAGAACCCCUCGGUUCUCGAAGCCGUGGCGGGGGCUGUGCAGAACCUGUGUGCAGGCCGCUGGACUUAUGGGCGGUACAUCAGAGCAGUGGUUAGACAGGAGCAUGGCCUGCCGAUGAUGACCGAGCUGUUGUCUCAUGGGAACGACCGUGUGGUCAGAGCCAUGUCCGGAGCCUUGAGAAACCUGGCCAUUGACGCUCGCAACCGUGAGCUGCUAGGGAAGCAUGCAGUGCCUAACUUGGUGGCCAAUCUGCCAGGCGGUGGUCAGAGUCAGCCUGCGCGGGCGCUCUCAGAGGAGACUGUGGUGUCUAUUCUCAGCACUAUGACGGAGGUGGUCGGCUCCAGCGUGGAUGCGGCCAAAACCCUGCGCAGCUCCCAGGGAAUCGAGAGACUGGUGCUCAUCAACAAAGAUAGCAACCGUUCAGAUCGGGAGGUGCGUGGCGCUGGGCUGGUGCUGCAGAUCGUGUGGGGCUUCAAAGAGCUCCGCCGCACACUGGAGAAAGACGGCUGGAAGAAAACGGACUUCAUGGUGAACCUUAACCCUCCUAACAACACCCGCAGUAACGGAGGAUACGAGGACAGCACCCUGCCGCUAAUAGACAGGGGGGGCAAACAGGACAGAGACAUGAUUCCUCUUAAUGACAUGGGACCAGACGCUUACUCUACGCUAGACCAGAGAGGACGGAGAAACACUUUAGACGACACUCUGGAUCGCUCUGACAGAGAGCCACUUCAGGGAGGAAUGUAUGGGGAGAGGCGGGGCUCUUUGCCUCUCUUGGAGUCUUAUGAUGGUUAGGCCACUCCCCCUCCCCCCACUCAGUGCAUGAGCACGCAUGAAAAACUGAUCGUGUGCAUCACCCACCGUGAGUUUCCUCCUCCUGCCUACUGUCCCUGCUGAGCCUCUGAUCUCAUCACUUACGGGACCAUUGCCACUAAUUGCAACGACCCUUCUGUAGUUUUCAACAUUCUCAUGUUGUCACUCUCAUGUGAUUGAGAACAGCCACUACUUCAAACGGACUCUUUUUAUGUCAAAUAAUGGAAACACUAGGGACUACAAGCUCUAUUUAGUCACAUCCGCAGCUUAUUGAGCUUUAUAAAUCAUUUCCGUAUUAUUUUGUUUUUGUUUUUUGCUUAUACAUCUAUUAGAACACUAGCAUAGUAUGGCGUUGGUGUUUUGAUUAUUUUGCUUCAUCCUGCUUUGUGGUUCACAUUGAUAAAAAGGUAAAGCCAAAUUGCAUCAGUCAUAUGCGGCCUGCAGAAAAUAAUGUAUAUAGAAUUUUUCGGUAAGUUUUGUGUCUCGUUGAUGCAUUGCAACAGGCAUGAGGCCUAUUUUUUGUCGUUUUCUGAAAGCACUAGACGACCACCAAUUCCCCUUAAGUUAUCCAUCUGUGGUUUUUGUGGAUGGUCUCGUGGAGUGUUCGGUCUCUAGGAAGUGGUUGUUGUGAACGCGUGGAUGAAGCAUUAAGAGGCAGAGGGAUAUUUGAUUGGGAGAUUUGUUUUUGUUGUUGUUGUUGUUUUUAAACCAGUAGCAUUCAAGAAAGUUCUCUAGUGGUAGGUGAGUAUAGUUUUAUUCAUUCAGUUGUCAAAUUUGCAAAGCAUUCCAGAGUGGGAAAGCUGGUUUGAGAUGAUGUAUUUCCCCCUUUGUUUUGUUUUUUAAAAUUGUCACUGACAACGAUUAGCUUCUGUUUGGGAACUCAACAGUUCCUCACUCUUCAUUUAUAAUAAGUACAAUUAAAUAGCCACAAAAGAGAAGAUAAAAAAAGCCUUUAACUCUGAGACAAAUUGUAGCCCUGGACUUCGAUCUGUCUGAAUAUAAAUGAAUGUGUAAAUAUGACCGUGUCUCACAAAUCCACUCUGCAUACUUGGAGUGCCUCGCUUGCUCAGCGCGUCGUUUGAGUGUGUGUUUGUGAUGAGCGGUGAACAGGGACGUUUGGCCACCCUUCUGCCUCUUGGUUUCAGUGCCUGUCUGUGUAGAGAGUGAACGAGUGUACAUUUGAGGAUGUAUAUGCAUUUUUUUUUUUUCUGAGAUCCAUAAGUACAGUGCUCAUUUCUUAGACUGCAUAAUUAAAAAUGCACAGUAAGUCUGUUGUAGAUAUUUACUGAAUGGAAACUUUAGCACUAGGGGUAAUGGAUGUUUUUUUUUUUUUUUAGAAUUUUUUUUCCCCCCCCAAUGCCUUUUUAAUUCCCUGUCUGCCAAUCUGCAGUCCAAUCCUUGGAGACGCUACAGUCAGUAAAGGAAAGGUCGGCUGUUGACUAAAUGGAUGUGAGCCAGAAGUCCGAGUCCUGAUAAAGGAGGCUGUUCACGAGUUCGAGGAAUCAAUCGAUUGUUCAGUGUUGAGGGAGGCAGAUAAAUGAAUCUUUUAAUUACAAGAAAAUCGCAUCUCUUUCGGCAGGAUUUAGCCAGAUUUUGAUUCUAGCUUGAUGAGAAAAUAAGAGAGAUAAAAUUAAAGCACAUUUAACUAUAUAUACCAGAGAAUAUUUGUUAAUUUUAA